UGCCACGGCCAGACCAGAGACCAAUGUUUUUUCUCUGAUCGAGCCAGCCAACCCGCCCAUCAUCUCCGUCAUGUUCUUCGUCACUGCACUGUGUUUCUUCUCUCCCAACUUGCCCAGGUCUCUGUCUUCCCCAGAAUGAUCUUCUCUUCUUUAUCUCUUCGCCCAUUGAUAAUCCUUCCAGCUUCCUUUCUCCUCCUCUCUCCUCUCCACCAUGCCCGCCGGAAAACGAGAAGUGAUGUGGCCAAGGUUGGUAGCCAGCAAGAUCUUGAGGAAGACAUUGGGGAGCAACAACUUUGUUGCAGAUUUCCCAAGCAACGAUACCGAGAUCAUCAGUACUGAUUCUGCGGAGCUUCCAUCUUGCUUGGGGCAAAAAUCUCUGUGCUCCAAGAGGGUAAUCUUGAACGAUUACCAGGAGAGACACAGCUACAAGGUUUUUGUUAGUACAUGGAACGUUGGAGGGGUUGCCCCAUCCGAGAAUUUUAAUAUCGAAGAGCUGCUGGACACAUCCAAUACUUCCUGUGACAUUUAUGUAAUUGGGUUUCAAGAAAUUGUGCCUCUAAGAGCUUCAAAUGUCCUAGGGUCAGAGAACAGUAGAAUCACCAUGAAAUGGAAUUCCUUGAUCAGGGAAACUCUGAACAAGAAGACAUGCAUUCAAGAGACAGACAAUAAUAAAAAUGAAGCAGGCAAGCCAAAAGAAAAAGAAACUAGUUUUCCAACAAAUGAUGGAAAAUCAAGGGAAAAUGGCAAUCUUACACCGGAAUUCCGAUGCAUCAUCUGUAAACAAAUGGUUGGGAUACUGAUAUCCGUCUGGGUUCGGUCUGAUCUUCGGCCUUUCGUUCGAAACCCCAGCGUUUCAUGCGUUGGUUGUGGCAUCAUGGGUUGCUUGGGAAACAAGGGUUCGGUGUCAGUUAGGUUUCGAUUACAUGAAACAAGCUUCUGCUUUGUGUGCAGUCAUCUAGCUUCCGGGGGCAGAGAAGGCGAUGAGCGAUACAGGAACGCGAAUGCAGCAGAAAUUUUAUCGCGAACGAGCUUUCCUAAAGGCGCUUCACUAGAUUUGCCUCGAAAAAUUCUCGAUCACGAUAGGAUAAUUUUGCUUGGAGAUUUAAACUAUAGAAUCUCUCUCCCAGAACGAGAGACGCGAUUAUUAGUAGAUGGAGAAGAAUGGGAUGCUCUAUUACAAAAUGAUCAGCUAAUGAUGGAGCUUAUGGUUGGGCAAGUAUUGGAAGGGUGGCAAGAAGGGACGAUCAAAUUUCCUCCUACUUACAAGUACCAUCCAAAUUCGGAUGAGUACUAUGGGCAUGUUGAAAGCAAAAAAGGCGAAAAGAAGCGUGCCCCUGCAUGGUGUGAUCGGAUCAUUUGGUUCGGCCAUGGAUUAAAGCAACACUUGUACACAAGAGGAGAGUCAAGAUUAUCCGAUCACCGGCCGGUGAAGGCGAUUUUCACCACCGAGGUGGUAGUUUCGCGAAGACUGAAAGGGCUGCAAAGUUUCUUCCUGUCUGAAAGAUUUGAAAGGAUAAAAUUGCCGUCGACCGAUGGCCAUCGCCGAUCAAGCUUCAAAAUUAAGAAUAAGUACACUCCAUAAUCGCUUGGUGUGAGUGUGAGCAUGCAUUAUAUGUAUAUAUAUAAAUAUCUAAAUCAAAGAAAAGAAAAUUAAUUAAUUAAUUAAAUCUAUAGCUAGCUAGCUAGCAUAAGCAUAUCGAUCGAAGCUUCCUAUUGUAUUUUUGUUAAUUAAACUUGCUGAUGAGUGUAUAGUGAUGUUGGCUAUCAUCUUCUCCGUGUUGUUUUGCAGCUUGGAAAGCUGUCUUUUUUUUCUUUUCUUUUUUCUGUAAAUCAGCCUGGAAAGCUGUCGCCAUCCUUUCUUUUUCAGUGCCAUAUAUAUAUAUAUAUAUAGCCCAUUGGAGGUUUUUAAA